GAGAGAGGGGAGAGAGAGAGAGAGGGACAGAGAGUAACAGAGGAACGGCUGGAACAGAGAGGGCAGGCUCUUUGAUUCACCAGGGACACAUGUGCGUUGCUACGCCGACCCAACAGCUUCGUCUCUGGAGUUGAAGGACAACACUGCAGCACUGACGUCUGGCUGUCAAUGAGAAGAUAGGGAGGAAUUUACACUACAAGCACCACUGCUGCUGCUGCUGCUGCUGCUGCUGCUUACACCUCGCUCACCUCUGGUGCACAUUUGGAGCUUGGUACUGCUUCAUUAUGGGUUACAAAACAAGAUCCAUGCAUUCUCUCUUUCGGUGUCUGUGCUUCAUGCUCCUCCAUUUGCUUAGCACAGCACAAGAUGAAGACUUAAGAAGUUGUAGAACGGCUCCUUGUGACUUGGUUUUUAUCCUAGAUGGUUCAUGGAGUGUGGAAGACGUGAACUUUGACAUAGUCAAGCGAUGGCUGGUCAACAUCACCACCAGCUUCAACAUCGGCCAGAAGUUUGUGCAGGUGGGGGUGGUCCAGUACAGCGACCAUCCCGUCCUCCAGAUCCCCCUGGGGAAGCACUUAUCCAACAAGGAGGUCAUCACGGCCAUGGAGUCCAUCGAGUACAUGGGCGGCAACACCAGAACAGGAACUGCCAUCCAGUUCGCCACAGACAAACUGUUCGGUCUGUCGGAGCGCGGACCGAGGGGCAUCGCCCGCAUCGCCGUGGUCCUCACCGACGGGAGGUCCCAGGACACGGUGCUGCAGGCUGCCGAGGCGGCGAGGAAGAAGGGAAUCAUCCUCUUCGCCAUCGGCGUGGGGUCGGAGACGGAGGUGUCUGAGCUGCGGGACAUCGCCAACAAGCCCUCGUCCACCUACGUGUUCUCAGUGGUGGACUACAAAGCAAUCAACAAGAUCCGCGAGGUCAUUCGCCAGAAGCUGUGCGAAGAGACCGUGUGUCCGAACCGAAUAGCGAUCGAUUCCCGCGAGGAGAAGGGCUUCGACCUCCUGCUUCAUUUGAACUUGGCCAAAAAGACCCGAAAGACACAGGGGUCGUUUUACGGGACUAGAGCCUAUGAAGUAACAUCUCGUGUUGAUCUGAGUGACUCAACAAGGUCCCUGUUCCCCGACGGCCUGCCGCCCUCCUACGUCUUCGUCUCCACCCUUAAGUACGAGGGCUCCGUGACCAUGGAGGAGUGGGAUCUGUGGCGGGUGCAGACAAAGGACGACAAACCUCAGAUGGCCGUGACGCUGAACGGAGCGGACUACACGGUGGCGUUCACCACCACCAGCGAGGCACCCAGUGGCAUCCAGACCGUGACGUUCUCGCCAAAGACCGCCAGGGUCCUGUUUGAUGAGAGGUGGCACCAGCUCAGACUUCUGGUGACUGAGGAUGAUGUGACGCUGCACGUGGACGACCUGGAAGUGGAGACGCUGCCCUUGGAUCCCCCUGUUGGGAUCUUUAUUAACGGGAAAACCCAAGUGGGGAAGUACGUCAGCAAAGAAACCACCGUACCGUUCGAGAUUCAGAAGCUCCGCAUCUACUGUGAUCCCGAGCAGAACACCAGAGAAACCGCUUGUGAAAUACCUGGAAUCUGUGCCAACAGUCCUGAUUACUCAGACCCCACCCCAGAGCCAUGUGCCUGUCCCCCGGGACCCAGUGGACUGCCUGGCAUGAAGGGAGAGCAAGGGGGCUCUGGAGAGCCUGGUAAAACAGGACCAGCUGGUGCUGAGGGUAAGCCUGCUGUUCCGGGUCCCAGAGGACAUCCUGGGCCAACGGGUCCAUCGGGAAAAGAGGGCCCACGGGGGUCUGAUGGGUUCAAGGGGGAGCUAGGGCCGGCCGGUGCAAUGGGAGAGAGAGGCCAGCCAGGGAUGUCUGGACAGCUCGGGCCACCAGGGGAAAAGGGCUCACCGGGACUCCUGGGCAGAGCAGGGCUGCCAGGACAAGAUGGAAAAGUGGGGGCUGUGGGCAUCCCUGGACCAACCGGGCCAGCGGGUCAUCCGGGAGAGCCGGGUAUACACGGAAGAAAUGGAAUCGACGGGAUUCCGGGGAGGGCCGGACAGAAGGGAGAGGCGGGCGCCAACGGCAUCCCCGGUCUGGACGGACGGGAGGGACACCCAGGAUUACCUGGCCAGACUGGAAUGGCCGGACAAAAUGGACUUAAGGGAGAAGCUGGACCAGCUGGUCUGAGGGGCUUCACAGGAUCAAGUGGCUCACCUGGUCAGAGUGGUUUACAAGGGGAACGAGGUUCUGUUGGACUACCUGGAACCAAGGGGAGCAAGGGAGAGAGCGGAGCCCCAGGACUCUUCGGGAAACCGGGCCAGGAGGGGAAAGCGGGGAGUCCGGGACAAGCCGGGGAGCCAGGUCACCCAGGCAUGCCCGGCCUGAUGGGAAUGAAGGGCCAACGAGGAAGUACAGGAGAAAGAGGAGGAGAGGGAGGUAAAGGGGAAAGGGGAGAGCAUGGACGACCAGGGGAGCGUGGCUCUGAGGGUUCCAGCGGCCUGAAUGGAGAGAAAGGGACAACUGGAGACCCAGGACAGAGGGGCCCAGGAGGUCAGGACGGCCGACCCGGACAGCCAGGAGCCGCGGGCCCCCCCGGGUCCCGGGGCGUGCCUGGGACCAGCGGCUCUCAGGGGCCCUCGGGACCAGAAGGCCAACCCGGCAGCGAAACCUCCGACCAGCACAUUAGGCAGAUUUGCAGAGCAAUGCUUGAAGCGGAGCUUCCUGUGCUGUUGCUGAGCCAGCAGCAGCCCAGCUGCUCCCGGUGCUACACACGCCCGGGGUCCCCGGGCCCCCCGGGGCCAGUGGGGGCCGGCGGCCUCAGGGGGUACCCCGGGGUCCCGGGCGCCAGCGGCUCCCCGGGCCGGCGCGGGAUACCCGGACAUCCCGGGAUUCAGGGGAUCAAAGGGGACCCAGGCUUUAAGGGGGAUACAGGAAACCCAGGAAGAUCAGAGGUUGGAGAUCCAGGGCCACAGGGCCCCCCAGGUCCCAUGGGUCCCCAUGGUUACAGCAAGCAGGGGUCGGCGGGUAAACCGGGCGCCCCCGGCCAGAGCGGGGCCGAGGGUAAGCGAGGACAGUCCGGGCCCCCGGGUCAGAACGGAGCUUGUCACCCGGCGUUGUGCUACGGCAGCAUGUCGAGGCGGGACCCCUUCAGUAAAGGACCCAACUAUUGAGGCCCCCA